UUGUCCCAUUAUUUCAUAGUGGUUAUAGCCUCAUGCUCCUUCCCUAAGAUAAGGACAUCCAAUUGCCUCCUCUUUUGUUUGGAUGCUGGUGCUCUCAGAUGAAUCCUCCCCACUAAGAUCCCACUCCUCAGUUCCCUUUCCCCCUAACUUUGGUCUCUUUGCAUCUUUGAUCAAUAGCAGUCUAAAUGCUGCAAGGAAUAAUUCAUGGAUUCCAAGGUUAUCCAAUCAUGACUCUUAUUUUCCUCCCCUGCCAGCUAUUAUUUCAUCUUUCCAAAGAUGCUUGAUUUGUUUUUUGUCUUCAAUGUCUCUAGAAAUCUUGACUGAGAACACCAUCUCUACUUUUCUCUGUUUAUGGGAUUUUUCUCAGCUCCAAUUUCUAUUUCCUUCUGGUCCUAUAAGAUGGCCUGCCUCUUUUCUGUCUGUUAACCGGCCAAAACAGUGUCCUACACUCGAAAAACCCUCUUCAUGUUCUGCCUUUUUAUCUCGUUUUCUUUGACAGCAGAGGCUUUGGAGACCCACCUCCCAUUUUCCCCCUCAUCCUGCUAAUUUUUUUUUCCUUGUACUAUUACCAGCUCUUCUUUUCUCCUUGAUUUGCUACUAGCCAGAGCACUGCUUCUUAAAUAGAGGUCUCAGGCUGUGUACAGCUUCGGACAGGAACCCAACAACUCCCCUAUUUUUCCCCAUCCCCUCUUGAUUUGAAGUGUCAUCAGAACUUUGGAUUCUGGUGCUGAAGUGCCUCAUCCCAGCAUUUUUGGGUACUACCACACCCUUUCCAUCAUAUAAACACAUGAGAGUGAGUGCCACUAGAGCCCAUCUUUCAUCCAGUUUCUUCUUUUUCUGCUGUAGGACUUUUCCUCUGUCUCUCCAUAUCCUAUUGUUUCCCUUCUGCUUGAAGCCUUUUAAGGCCUCCCCAUUUCUCUCCCUCUCAUUGUGUCUCCCUAAUGGACUUGAACGCAAGGCAUUAUCCUAUCAACUCCAUAACUAAGUUUUUUGGCUUCUCCUCUUUCUUGUGAUACUUUUGGAGUGUGUAUUCAAAGAGAACAAGAUGAGCAUCCCUCAUUUGUUCAGAUGCCCAAUAAGCCUGGAUCUGUUCACCGAUCCAGUCACUCUCAGCACCGGCCAAACUUAUGACCGGCCGAGCAUCGAGAAAUGGCUCGCCGACGGGAACCUCACAUGCCCGGUCACAAUGCAGAGGCUCCAUGACACCACCUUGGUCCCCAACCACACUCUCCGCCACCUCAUCGAUCAGUGGCUUCUCACCGGCCCCGAUCUCAAUUCUCGACAGAAGCCGACCAGACCGAUCACCGACGGCGGUCUCUCAUUGUCCACUCUCAAGCAAAGCCUUCAAUCUCCCAACGCCACACGUGCGGCGAAGCUCGAAGCACUCAAGAAGGUCAGAAUUCUAUCGGUGGAGUCCGACAUAGGACGGGCCUGCUUGAUCCAAUUAGGCUUCUUCCCUCUGCUGCUCCAGCUGCUCUUCCAAACUCCCCGAAUUGCCGAUUCGGAGCUCGUGCAACUGGCCCUCGACUGCGUUCUAACUCUCUCUCCAUCCACCCAAUUGGAUUCCCUCAACAUGCUCAAGAAUGAGAUCCACCUGGCUUCAUUAGUGGUUCUGUUGGAACUGGGCAACUUGAAGAUCAAAACCGGCUUCUGCCAUCUAUUGGAAGCGAUCGCCACAUCUCCUGUAACACAAGAGCUUUGCAUCAUUAUAGCCCAAUUGCGACGGGUCUUGCGAGUUCUAGUCUCCCUUCUGCAUGACAAAUCCGAUGCCCGGGCGGCGGAAGCUGCAGCUAGAGCUAUCUCCGCAAUCUGUUCCUUGGAAGCCAAUCGAAGCCAUGCGAUAAAAGAAGGCGCUGUGGAUGGCCUCAUUGCAUACUUAUCACAGAAUUCCGCUCAAAAGAGUGCUUGCAGGGCAUUGGCCACAUUGGAGCUUCUGCUGGGACUGGAGGCUGGCAAGAAGGCUGUGAUUGAGAACCUGAACGCGGUGCAAGUCCUUGUGAAGCUGGUCUUCAGAGUGUCCUCUGAUCAGGAAGGGAGCGAGCACGCCGUCGGAUCGCUGCUGAUCAUGUGCUGCAGCUCGGCACGGGUGCGGAUGGAGGCGGUGAAUGCCGGGCUAUUGAUCCAGUUAUUGCUGCUGCUCCAGAGCCAAUGCAGCCCCAGGGCCAAGACGCAGGCCAGGGCGCUGCUGAGAUCCAUGUGGGGUGAGGACCCAGGGGGGUCGUAAUUCUCACAAUGCAGUGUAGUUUCAAUACAUGCUGUAUUGAGUACGGUCUCUGUUGCCCAGCAACAAAUCAAAAUAUGUUGUGUAAUGAGUCUCUGAGUCCUACCUCCAUGGUAUGAUGUCUGCUGCAUAUAUGGAAACAAAUUAAGAGAUUAUAAGCUCAUGCAAUUGGGGGAUCAGAGCUAGAAUACAAGAACUUAACAAGCCUUUUAUGCCUGUGAAGGCAGGUAUAUUAAUUCUUGUAAUUGUCAUUAGGUGGGUAUUUUGCCUCUCAAGGACAUCUUGUAAAUAUGCAAUGAUAGAAGGAAACAAACAUUUCGAUCCUCUGCAGGAGUGGAACUGACAACAAUUUCUACGUUCAGAGACGGCAUUCCAAGCUUCUACUUCUGCAUUGUAUAGCUUGUGAAAAUGAUGUGCAUGGAAAUGGUGACGAAUCCAGUUGGGUUGCAUCGUUUCUACGAGGAUAUGAG